AGAAGUUUGUGUAUAUAAACCGACGUUGAAGUCGAUCUCAACAUCUUCAACUUUAUCGUCAGAGACGCAACAGACGGACUUCAUCUAAACGUGACUUCAGUGGAACUUCCUCAUCAUGAUGAUGUCUAUUGAACCCAGACCAGCGAGGCCCUACAGGGGGCGCUUCAGGAAGCCGGUGGCGACCACUAACCUGGACGAGGUGGAGGAGGACUUCCCUGAGUUCGAGGUCUUUGACGAUGGCCUCACCCCCCGAGCCGUUGCCCCCGGCGGAGAGCUGUCGGUUAAUGGAGUGGACAUGAUGGUGCAGACCAACGCACAGAAACACUUCACCAAAAACUACGAGGUGCCCAACCUGGUGGUCCGCCGCGGGGAGGAGUUCACUGUGAAGGUCACCUUCAGCCGCCCGCUGGCCGAGGGCGACGACUUCCAGCUGGAGUUCCUCAUCGGGGCUGAACCCACCGUCAAUAAGGGCUCAAUGGCGGUGGUGACCUUUGGAUCCCGCUCGGGCUCUUGGGCGGGUCAGAUCCUGGACAAGCAGGGCCCCUCGGUGGUUUUGGGCAUCACGCCGACGCCGACCGCCAUCGUGGGGAAGUUCCGUACGUACGUGGCGGUGGUGGCGGGCGGCGGCAUGAAGCGGACCAAGAGGAACCCCGACACCGACAUGUACCUGCUCUUCAACGCCUGGUGCCCCGAGGACCCGGUGUACCUCUCCAACACCAGCGAGCGGGACGAGUACGUCCUCAACGACCACGGCAUCAUCUACCAGGGCUCCACGGACUCUGUGUCGGGCCGCGAGUGGAUCUACGGACAGUUUGAGCGCGGCAUCCUGGACGCCUGCAUCUCCAUCCUGGACGUGUCCCGCAUGCCGAUCCACGAGAGAGGCGACGUCAUCAAAGUGGUCAGGAAGGGGUCCGCCAUGGUGAACUCUCAGGACGACAACGGCGUUCUGGUAGGGAACUGGAGCGACGACUACUCGCUGGGACAGUCCCCGACGUCCUGGACCGGCAGCGUCCAGAUCCUGCUGCAGUACGCCAGCACCGGCGUCUCCGUGUCCUUCGCUCAGUGCUGGGUGUUCGCCGGGGUCUUCAACACCUUCCUGCGCACCAUCGGCAUCCCGGCGAGGGUCAUCACCAACUUUAACUCCGCCCACGACAACACGGGGAACCUGAAGACCGACCUCAUCUUCAACCCCGACGGAACGCCGGACGAACGCAACACCAGGGACUCCAUCUGGAAUUACCACUGCUGGAACGAGGUCUGGAUCGCCCGCGACGACGUGCCGCCCGCCUUCGUAGGAUGGCAGGUGGUGGACGCCACGCCGCAGGAGACCAGUGACGGGGUCUUCCGCUGCGGGCCGGCCUCUGUCAACGCCAUCAAGGAGGGCAUCCUGUGCCACCCCUUCGAUUCCGGGUUCGUCUUCGCCGAGGUGAACAGUGACGUCAUCUUCCAUAAAAAGGAUAAAUUUGGGACUCUGACUCCCUACAAAGUGGAUAAGACUGUGGUUGGAUUGGCCAUUUACACCAAAGCUGUGGGUGCGAACCAGCCCUCCAAUAUCACACAGAACUACAAGUACAACGAAGGGAGCCCUCAGGACGAAGCGACCAUGAAGAGGGCGGAGGAGUACGGCUGUGAGCGGGAUCACUCUGAAGUGUCCCACACCACCAUGACGGUCCACGUGGAGGCCAAGGAGACCAUGGUGGGUGAGGACGUGAGUCUGAAGAUGAUAUUCAGCAACAACGGAGCGGAGAACGAGCUCGUGCAGGCUCACCUGGGCUGCUCCGUCAUCUUCUACACAGGAAUCACCUCCUCCCACUUCAAGGAACACAACUUCACCUUCACCGUGCCGGCCAAUGAGACAAAGACCGAGGUGUUGACCAUCAAGGCGAAUGAUUACAUGCCUCAUCUGGGCUCUCAGGUGAGUCUCCACUUCAUCGUGACCGGCAAGAGUGACGACCAAUCGGUGACCGCCAUCAAGGUGCUGACGCUGCAGAAGCCGAGGCUCAGCCUGAGGGUGACUGGGAACCCCUCUGUGUGGCAGUGGAUGUUCUUAACGGUCUCUUUCACCAACGUGUUGAAAUUCACUCUGAAAAACGUCACGUUGAUGAUGGAGGGAACCGGAACCGUGAAGUACCGGCAGAGGAAAUACAGCUCCAUCCUUCCUCAGUCCACCAUCUCCUGGACCGAAGCCUUCCAGCCUCAGAGGCCAGGGAACAGCAUCCUGAUGGUUGUGAUGGACUGCGACAACCUCAGUCAGGUGAUUGGAUCGACUUACAUCACCAUCACGGGCUGAGAUGCUGAUUGGUCCAUAGGGCUGUGAGGCCUGCCCCUCGCCACCUCCACCAAUCACCGCAGCUUUAAAACGGAGGGGGCGGAGCCUCCCCAAAUGCACACAUCUUUGAUUUCUUCUUUAAUUUGAAUGUGGGACGAUGAUGACGGAGGGAGCUUUAUUUGGUUCUCAAAUCAACGUAUUAAAUGUUAAUUAAUUAGGAAGAUUUUAGUUGAUACAGUAAUCUCAGUAUAAAUUUAAAAUAUAUACAUAUUUUAGUUUAUUGAAAAAAACAUCUCACAUUUUUAUCUCUUGUAUAUUACUUUAUAGAAACACAAAGCAUCAAAAAGAAUGAUCACUGAGGGUUGAUCUACCAGCUUCAGUUAUAAUAUUAAUUCAUUUUCAGAUUUCAGACCUUUCCACAAAUGUAUUGAUUUUCACUAAUUAAUAAACAAUUAGCCUCAAUGUAUCCCAUAAGAAUGAACACCAACAAAAUGAUUGAAUCAUUAAAAAAUUGGUCUAUAGUGUUUUUAGAUAAUAAAUAAAACACACUUUGAUAAAUUGACAUUGGAAUCAGUCAGAAUGAGCUCAUGAAACAUUGAUCAAUCAGAGCUCAUCUUCAUCAAUAAUCGCUCCUCGUGUCAAAUAAUAAUCAAACCUGCUUAAAAUCUGCUUUUUGUAAACAUGAUUGGAAUCUUUUUUGUCGAAAUGCAGAAACUUUCCACUUACAAUAAAAAUCCUUUUUAAAACCA